AUGAAAUUGACCUCAGGAAAUGACCGUUGUCAAGAUAGUGAAAACAGCAAAGGCUUUCCUGAAAAAGCAGUACUUGCUCAGUUGACUGAGAAACCUCUUGAAAUGCCCAUGUCUCAAGGUAGUUUAGACCUCAUUAGACAACCAAAAAGUCAAAGUGUAGACAUGGUUUCUAUGAGUAAUGAAGGUGGGGAACCUUUUAGUCAGGACUCUGAGCUUGGUUCAAAUCAAAUAAUCCACUCUGGAGAGAACCCUUAUGAAUGUAAACAAUGUGGAAAGGCUUUUACAUGGAGGAAGAGUCUUGCCAGACAUCAGAGAAUCCACACUAGAGAGAAACCUUAUGAAUGUAAACAAUGUGGAAAGGCUUUUAAAUGGAGGAAGAGUCUUGCUAUUCAUCAGAGAGUCCACACUGGAGAGAAACCUUAUGAAUGUAAACAAUGUGGAAAGGCUUUCACUCGUAGGGACAGCCUUGCCAGUCAUCAAACAAUGCACACUGGAGAGAAACCUUAUAAAUGUAAACAGUGUGAAAAGGCUUUCACACAGAGGGGCCAUCUUGCUGUACAUCAGAGAAUCCACACUGGAAAGAAACCUUAUGAAUGUAAACAAUGUGGAAAGGCUUUUACACGAAGUGACAAUCUUGCUACACAUCAGGCAGUCCACACUGGAGAGAAAAGUUAUGAAUGUAAACAGUGUGGAAAGGCUUUCACAAAGAGGGGCUAUCUUGCUACCCAUCAGAGAGCCCACGCUGGACAGAAGCCACAUGAAUGUAAACAGUGUGGAAAGAUUUUGCCUGGAAGGGACAGUCUUGCCAGACAUCAGGCAAUCCACACUGGAAAGAAACCUUAUAAAUGUAAGCAAUGUGGAAAGGCUUUUACAGAGAAGGGCCAUCUUGUUGCACAUCAGAGAAUCCAUACUGGAGAGAAACCUUUUGAAUGUAAACAGUGUGGAAAGGCUUUUAGAGUUAAAGACAGUCUUACUGUACACCAGAGAAUCCACAUUGGAGAGAAAUCUUAUGAAGAUCAACAAAGUGGAGAGACUUUGACAAGGAGCAUCCAAACUGGAGAGAAACCUUAUGAAUGUAACGAAUGUGGAAAGAGUUUUAGAGUGAGGGAUUGUCUUGCUGCACAUCAGAGAAUCCACACUGGAGAGAAACCUUAUGAAUGUAAGGAAUGUGGAAAGGCUUUCACACAGAGGGGCCAUCUUGCUGCACAUCAGAGAAUUCACACUGGAGAGAACCCUUUUGAAUGUAAACAAUGUGGAAAAGCUUUCACAAGGAAGGGCUCUCUUGCUGCACAUCAGAGAAUCCACACUGGAGAGAAACCAUAUGAAUGUAAAGAAUGUGGAAAGUCUUUUGCACAGAGGAAUCUUCUUGCUAAGCAUCAGAUCAUCCACACUGGAGAGUAA